CUUAAUGGGAUUCAGACUCUCAAAAAUGCCAAAUUUAUUUGCUUAAAAAUCUCACACGUCUGUUUUUUUUUUUCCUCUUUAUAAUUUACGCUUCUCUCUCUCUCUCUCUCUCUUUAUAAUUUACCCUUCUCUAUUUAUCCCCAAGCAUCAACGAUGCUCUAUCUCCCUCUUUAUCAGUAAGCUAUUCAUCAAAUUCUUUCUUCUUGAACAGAUUCAACAUGGAUAUCGAUGAUCAAAUAUUAUGGUUGAUGAGCUUGUAUUGGCAGAGAAAUCGUUAUAGACUCAAGUAUGAUAGAAGAAUUAGAGAUUUAACAUCAUCUUUAUCUGGUCAAAAGUAUACAUUAGAACUAUUAUCUGGCUCUAAUCGACAAUGUAUAGAAUUGAUGCGCAUGUCACGUGAUGCAUAUGUUCGGCUAUGUCAACAUUUUAGACAUAAUGGAUGGCUCAUAGAUAGCAAACAUAUAUCUGUCGAAGAGAAGAUAGCAAUAUUCUUAACUAUUAUAGGACAUAACGAGCGUUACGUCGUAAUCAAGAGAAGAUUUCAACAUUCUUUGCAGACAAUUCACAAGUAUUUUCACGAGGUUCUUGAGGCAAUGAUGAAUUUUGCAAAAGAGAUGAUAGCACCUACAACAUUUGAUUCGAAUAUGAAUAUUCCUGGUGCUCAUAACAGGUUACGAAGAAUUUUUAAGGGAGCAAUAGGUGCACUAGACGGGACAUUAGUACAUGCUGUUGUUCCCGCUAAUCAACAAAUUGUUUACAGAGGAAGGGGAAAAGGUAAAUGCUAUCAGAAUGUUCUGGCAAUAUGUGACUUCAAUAUGGUCUUCACUUAUGUUUAUGCUGGAUGGGAAGGGGUAGCACAUGAUGCACGCGUUCUAACUGAGAUUGCAUCUAAUCCAGAUAAUGGCUUUCCAUUUCCUCCACCUAAUAAAUACUAUCUAUGUGAUGCGGCAUAUCCUAAUACUCGAGGAUUUCUAGCACCGUAUCGUAAUAUUCGAUAUUGGUUAGGAGAUUAUCAUCGUAGGCGUGCCAUAACGAAGGAGGAAAAGUUUAAUCAUGCUCAUGCACAGCUUAGAAACGUUAUCGAACGUUCCUAUGGAGUACUGAAAGCAAGAUUUCCUAUAUUGGACAAGAUGGCUCCAUAUCCUAUUAAUAUCCAAAGAGAUGUUGUUAUUGCAUGUUUUGCCGUUAAUAAUUUUAUCAGGAAGGAGCGCAUCAAUGAUGACUUGUUUAAUCAUUUUGAUACGCCUCAAGUGAUAUUUGAUGAAGAAGGACAACAAGAAGAAGCAUUAGAUGAAACAAAUGGACCUAGUUGGACAGUUGAAGAUUCUCAGAUAAUGACCGAUAUGAGGGAGCAACUUGCACUCCAACUAAUGCAAAGAAGAUGAAAUACUUGAGAGUUCUAUAUUUUAGUUAUUUGAAUUUUUUUCCAGUGUUGGAGUGUUACAAUUUGAUGAUUGUUAGUUAAUUAUUCAAAUACUCUAAUAUUUAUGUGUCUAAAUCAGAAUUGUAUUUGAGAUAUUGUUUUACUUUGUUGGAUAGGUUUGAUUUAUAGAUUAAUUUAUGUUAAAUUUAAAUUUUUUGAUUGCA